GUGGACGUGCCAGUGAAGUACCUCUCCUUCUUCCUAGACGACGAUGUUGAGCUCGAGCACAUCAAGACGGAGUACGGGGCGGGGCGCAUGCUAACGGGCGAUGUGAAGAAGCGGCUGGUGGAGGUGCUGACAGCCAUGGUGGAGCGCCACCAGAAGGCGCGCGAGCUGGUCACGGAUGAGAUGGUGGAUGCGUUCAUGGCAGUGCGGCCCAUGCCACACAUGUUCUGCUGAUUAACACCGAUGGCAAAGCUCUUGGACUUCUACUGGUCGUGCCCUCCAUUGUGUGUACAACAUUGUUUAAGGGAUACGUAUCCAUUGUGAAAUAAGCU